AUGAAGGUUCCUUACGUUAUAACAUAUCUUCUACUCUACUUCAAUGGAGUACAUUUCCAGGAUACGACAAAAUGGUAUGAGAAUCAUAUGUCAACGGAAGUUGUUCCGCCGUAUAAACACGCAUAUGUCGUCAUACAACAACAAAUUUUAAAUCCCUUAAUUCUUGCAGACGUAGAGAAACUCAAGGACGAUGAAGCAGCCGUAAUUCAACUUGCGAAACAUAUUCAUUGCGCAGCAAAGGAUGUUCACGAUAAUCUCGGCAAAGCAGUCGAGGCUAGUUUAAACAUUAAUCAGAAAAUUGAACAAAUACAAGUGCAAACAGUAUCAGCCAUGAGUGUGAAAGAAGGUGAGAUACGUCAACUUGAAUCAAAUAUCCACACAACUAAUGCUGGUAUUCAUUCGACUGGAGUUCAGUUAUCUCAAGCUGAGAAUGAUGUUCGAAAGAAAGAGCAUGAUGUUAACGUAGCGGCUGCAAACUGGAGGCAAGCUGAAAAAGAUGUUCGGGACGCGCGGCAUUGCCUUAGUAAACGUUUUCUUGGGGAAUUAAAAAUAAUCUGGAGAAAGGUCAUUGAAAGACCACUUUGUCGCAUAUUUAAUAAUGGUGGAAUUAACGGUGCCAAAGAUAGACGAUCUGAUGCUGGUAAUGCACUUUCACUUGCUGAGCGAACAGCUGGUCACUUUCGUCAACAACUGCAUGAUUUAAGAGUAAGAAAAACAAAUUUUGAUACAUACUUAAAUGGAUUAAAAGCUCGUCUACAUGUGUUGCAAUCCACUCGAAAUGAAUUACAACAGCAACAAAGUCAUACAUCAACAGUUAUUACUCAACUAAAACAGGCUAUACAACAUUUAGAAAGUUUUAGUUCUACAUCAAGCGUAUUAGUUACCAUUUUGAAACGAUUAGUUGAAUUUGACAUUCUAAUUCAACCGCUAAACGCUGUUUAUAACGAAAUGUUGAAGAGUCAGAUAAUGGCACAAUUUCCUGAUGGGCAAAUUUCGGCUGAGACAAUUCAGCAGGUAAAACAGAGUAUAGAGAAAUUGUCAGUUAUCCUGCGGACUAUGCCGUUAGUUAACAGAGUAGAGCAGAAUACAUCUGAAAACUGGAGAAGUACUGAACAUUUUAGCUUUGAAUAUAAGUCGACUACAGCUCCUUCUCUGACUAUGAAUGAUCUUAAGCCACAAAUACAAUCAUCAUCAGUCAGCACUGGACAAAAGAAAAAAGAGUUAUCAGAAUUGGCACAAGCGCGUAUUCGUAUAGCUGUGCAACAAUUUAAAGAUAUGAUGGCAAUGCCGCCGGACAGCCAUCAAAACCGGUCACUGGAAGUGACAAAACUACUUGUAAAAAUUGCCAAAAUUGCUAUGGAAGAGACUAUGACAGAUGUCGCAGACUAA